AGCGAGGAGGGCGGGAGGAUUGCGCUCACGAGCCUUUGUGUUUCACUUCUAAUAUCUCACAUAUCAAUAAUUGAGCGCUGGAGCAGACGGACCCCACGCGCUAUGUAUUCUACUGCGCGCAAGCUCGGCAAGGGCCUUGAUCCGUUUUCCGUCGGCUCUUCCAUUACGGACUGAGACGGGAACGAGGGGAAAAACUGUUGUAGUUUUGACUUGAACUGUUGGGAAGGACUUCGUUUUACAGGUUUGGAGUGGUUUUGGUUUGGGAUUUGAGCGCGCCGUGUCUUUGCGAGAAGACUGCUGUUAGGUGCGGAGUGAAGUUGGCAUGAUGUUGACGUUGGUGCUAGGCGCAGUGUGGUUCGUGUGCCAUGCAUACGCACAGAACGAGACGGAACCCAUCGUACUGGAGGGGAAAUGCUUGGUCGUGUGCGACUCAAAUCCCACCUCGGAUCCCACUGGGACGGCUCUUGGGAUAUCGGUGCGCUCGGGAAGCGCCAAAGUGGCUUUUUCCGUGGUGAGGAACACAAACCACGAGCCGUCGGAGAUGAGCAAUCGAACAAUGGUGAUCUACUUCGAUCAGGUACUUGUGAACGUUGGUAGAAGUUUCGACGAGGAAAGGAGCAAUUUCUUCGCCCCGCGCAAAGGGAUAUACAGUUUUAAUUUCCACGUAGUUAAAGUGUAUAAUCGUCAAACGAUCCAGGUGAGCCUGAUGCACAACGGCUGGCCGGUGAUCUCCGCCUUCGCCGGGGAUCAGGACGUCACACGCGAAGCGGCCAGUAACGGCGUACUGAUUCAAAUGGAGAAGGGUGACCGCGCCUACCUCAAGCUGGAGCGAGGCAACCUGAUGGGCGGCUGGAAGUACUCCACCUUCUCCGGCUUCCUGGUCUUCCCUCUGUAGAGGAGGGGCACGCCACGGAGGGACUAUUGCUCUUUAGCUCGCCGGCUUGUGGGAGAUAGAAGGGAUAUGAGGGCGGAUGAGAGAUAGAAAGAUAGCGAGAAUGUAAAGAAAAGAUAUAGGAAGAGAAAAUUUAGUGUGGCAGGCUUUCAGUCGCACUCACUUUUGCUCUGCUGCUUGACUACAGCUCUGGACAGCCAAAACUUUUUUAUUAUCCUUAUGAUAAUUGAAAUAAUAUGGAAAGAAAGCAUACCGAGGAUCGUAGCCCUUCCCGAUCCCCAAUUCCCCCCUCUUCCUAAUCCCAUCACAAUCCACCCUCACUUUAAGGAUCGUCCUUCAACAGCCCAGACCCCCAUUUCACACAGGUCACAUCUUUGUAUAUUCUCUCCAUACGUACUCCAUACUGUGAGUCUCAAAUGCCAUUGUCAUUCCUCUCAGUCCAGUCGCUCCCUUCUUUUCUGGCUUCCUCCAGCUCACCCUUUCUUGUCUCUGAGAGGGCGUCUUUGCUCUGUCAUGACCGAAGGAUCUCUGAAUCCCCACGAAAAGACUGCUUACUGGAUAUAUACAUAUAUAAAUACAUAAAAAAGUUUCUAUAUGAUUACGAUAUACUCAACGCCUAACUGAAUCUGGUCGACUCUCUGUAUUUCUGUAUUUCAGUGUUAAUACUUAGUGAUUGUGUGUGGAUUUUCAGGCUGCUGUCCAACUACCAAUGCUUCUUGUUUUUGUUUCGGUCAAAAAUGUGGCUAAGAUGAAACUAUAUCAGAAAUACUAUAAAGUACAAAGUUUUAUUAUCAUUGAUUGUAAGAUAUAUGUGAAUAUUUAGCAGACAAAAAUCCUCCCUUUUAAUCAAUUAACCAUUGUUUUUUUUUCUUUGAUUCAAUAAAAAUUAAAUGGUACUUUU